GAGUUCUCCCUGGAUUAUGGAAUUUAGCUCUUCUUGUUUGAGAGACAAAACUGUCAUGAUACAGACCACAAAUAUUGUUUUGGAAAUCACUGGUCACACAUCUGUCUUAUCAGUGAAAACUUUGGUCAUUUAUGAAGAUUUUAUGUAGAAAUUUAGUCAGUCAGCUGAUAAUUUUUCACAAGUUCUUAAUUGUAAAUAGUUGAUGAGUCAAUCUACUGUUUUCCAACAAGCUUUAUUUAUAAUAAAUAAUGAACAGAUUUUGAAAGUUCUUGGUAAAAGUGCUGAGAGAUCAAGGACAUUUAGACUCUCACUGGCUUUCUCUCUGUGUCUCUCUCUCACACAUACACACACAUUCACAUACUCACAUACUGACACAUCUUUCACUCAUUAGAGUUGAGAUGAGAUAAUCAUUCAAUAUGUCCUUUGUCCUUUACCUCACUUGUUUUUUUUUAACUAUCAUAAAACUGGGGCAUAUUCUUAAGACAUUCAUUACGUUGUUAUAAUAGUGAUGCUAUAAGAUUUUAAAGGCUGAAGUGAGGUUGUAGACUUCACAUAGAUUAUGGAAUGGGGAGAUGUAUGCAUUGCAUUGCAAUGGUAACCUACACUGAAAAUCCAGUAUCCACCUGUAUCCAUCUGUCCUGGCUCUCAAGUACUAUUUGGAGGAGGGAGAAAAGAAAGAACGAAAUUUACAGAAGAUGAAUUGGUUGCAGUGUUAAAAAUAUUACAUAUAACAGGAGGUGAUCUUCAUUCAGUUUACUUUUAUGUAUUUCAUAGAAACUUGAUCAGGUUUUAGAAAUUUUAAUGUAGAGUAGUUCUUAAAAAUGUGUAAGUAUAAAACCCCUUGUAAUAGGGAACAUUUCUUCACAUUCUUAGUGACAGCUUUAUUUCUAAUGCUGAAGUUUUCUUAACUGUUUGAUAUGCCUGUUUUAACUAAUCCCUCCAUAUAACAAUAGCAUUAACAUUUUUUUCUCAUCUCUUGAGAGGUAAUAGCGUUCUGUGUAAGCUAUAAUUACAAUAUGGGUUAUAAUGCAGUCAAGAUGGACUUAUUUUCUGCUUCCUAAAUACAGAAAAUUUGAGUAAUGCUUAAUAUCCACUAUUAAAUUUUUUUUAUAAUCAGUGACUAUUAUGUUGUGUGUAUUGUAACUGUGAAGGGACCCAUUUACAGCUAUUGAGGGAGUCAUUACAGCAAUUUUACAUUUUGUGAAAUAUGAAGUACAUUUCCUUACUCUAGAAGAGAAACUCUUUCCCCUCUCUUCAGGUUUAAUUAGUUCUCUUUGACCUAAACUCACACUGAUCCUCUCUCCAGUAGUGGCCAGUUAAAUGUGUGAAGUAGGAGUAAGCAGACUCUAAUCGCUAGUUGAAAAUGGCAUAGCAAAGUUAAUAUUGGUAGAUGUAGCAAAAAGAUUUAUUUUAAAGGAAGAAAGAAAACAAUUAAAUCUGCCUCAUAGUGGGAACAUGUUGGACAUCAUAAAGCGAAUCUUGUUUUCUCUGGGUGAUGCCAGAAGGCCUCUUCAUGAAACAGCAGUUUUGGUAGAAGAUGUAGUACACACUCAAUUAGUUAAUCUGUUGCAGCAAGCUGCUGAAGUUUCCCAACUAAGAGGAGCAAGAGUAAUCUCUGCUGAAGAUCUUCUGUUUUUGAUACGAAAAGAUAAGAAAAAACUUAGAAGACUUCUAAAAUACAUGUUUAUCCGAGACUACAAAUCAAAGAUUGUGAAAGGCAUUGAUGAGGAUGAUCUUCUAGAAGACAAACUGAGUGGCAGUAGUAAUGCAAACAAAAGACAGAAAAUUGCUCAGGAUUUCCUCACUUCUAUUGACCAGACAGGAGAACUUUUGGCAAUGUUUGAAGAUGAAGAAAUUGAUGACGUUAAACAAGAAAGAAUGGAGAGAGCAGAAAGACAGACUCGAAUGAUGGAUUCCGCCCAAUAUGCAGAAUUCUGUGAAAGUCGACAGUUAAGUUUCUCCAAAAAAGCUUCCAAAUUUCGAGACUGGCUGGACUGUGGCAGCAUGGAGAUAAAACCCAAUGUUAUUGCGAUGGAAAUUUUAGCCUAUUUAGCAUAUGAAACUGUGGCUCAGUUAGUGGAUCUGGCUCUACUUGUGAAACAGGACAUGGUAACCAAGGCAGGGAACCCCUUCAGCCAUGCCAUUUCUGCGACCUUCAUUCAAUACUACAACUCUGCUGAGGGGUUUUGCAUCAAGUCCUGCCCAGACUCCCCUGAGAGCACGCCUCCUCCCACGCCAACAGCUCCAUCGUCGGGAUCACAGCACACAGGGAAAACCACAUCAGGACCCCUGGGGAAUGGGAGUGCUGGGCCAGACGCAGCGAAAACUAAGCAGAGAAAAAGAAAAAAGAGCACUGCGGCCUGUGGUGUUGAGGCUCACAGUGAUGCCAUCCAGCCCUGCCACAUCAGAGAGGCCGUUCGACGCUACGGCCACAAGAUUGGCCCUCUUUCCCCAUUCACAAGUGCCUACCGCAGGACUGGGAUGGCGUUUCUGGCCUGCUGAUGUGCCUGGAACCGUCUGAAAGAACAAGAAAGGCAAUGUGACACGGAGGUGAUUUCCCACUCCUUGCACAAAAUAAAAUUCAAGUUCACCUGCA